GCAGUCAUUUUAACUUCAUUGGGUUUUGCAUUUGGUGCUACUGUUUAUUAUAUCGAGAGUGAUGUUAAUGGGACUGAGUUCAAUUCAAUAUUUACAGCAACAUAUUGGGGAAUCAUAACAAUAACUACUGUUGGAUAUGGUGAUUUGGCACCGACAACACCUGGCGGACGGAUUAUUGGUUGCUUUUGUGCUGUAAGUGGAACAGGUACUAUUGCUAUGCUAACUUCAAUACUUGUUGAUCGAUAUCAACGAGUAUAUAAUCGUCGAAUGUAUAUUAAACCAAAAGAAAUUCAUUUCGAUGAUGUUUUCAACGUUAAACCAAAUGAUCUUGAAUCGAAACAUUACAAUCAAGAUCGAGACAGUUUAAUUCUCAAUGAUGAUGCUGAUGAUAAUGUGCAAGAACAUCAAGAUAUUCUACGAAUCGAACGAAAUAAUUAUCCUACUGAAAGAAAGGAUGGCGGAGAAAAUUCCGACUCACCAGUCACACAUACCGUCAAUCAAGAUAGAAAUCAAGUCUGCUUCACAAUGUAUGACUCACCAAAUACAAAACCCAAUAGAGUUAAAAUGACUGCCAAAAUAAUAAAAUCCACAAAAGAUUCACUUAAUGUUAUUGCUAAUACUCGUAUUGCUUUAAUAUUUCGAAAUAUUCGGUAG